AUGGAGGAAGACGAAGUAAACUCUGGGAAUAUCUUGAUUGAGUACCAGCUCAAGUAUUGCUCGCAGAUACUGACCAGGCUUAAGCGGAAUUCGAAUGCACCUCCAUUUCUAGAGCCUGUGGAUCCUGUGAAGCUGGGGAUUCCUGAUUAUCCGGAAAAGAUAAAGCAUCCCAUGGAUUUGUCUACUAUUAGAAAGAAAUUGGAUCACAAGGAAUAUGAAGGAGUGGAGGGCUUUGAUGGAGAUAUGAAGCUGAUGUUCAACAACUGCUAUACAUAUAAUCCUCCUGGAACUGUUGUCCACGACAUGGGAAAGGCACUUGAGACGGUGUAUAACGGGCUGAUGGAGGGAAUGCCCCAGGAAGUCCCCAAGAAGCGGAAGAAGACAGAGACACCUGUUUCAGGAAGGCCGAAACAACCAAAAAGGAGUGUAAAGCCAGUUGAUGGAGGGAUGAAGACGGAGGACUAUGAGUUCUGUUCGGAGGUGCUUGCAGAUCUAAUGAGGCCUAAGCACAAGGCAUACAACUGGCCAUUUCUAGAGCCUGUUGAUGCAGAACUUGUUCCUGGAUACUAUUCUAUAAUUAAGGAGCCCAUGGAUAUGCAGACUAUAAGAAUCAAGCUGGAACAAAGAAAAUACCAGAGUACAGAUGAGUUUGAAAGGGAUCUUGAGCUUAUUGUGGAGAAUUGUAAGAAAUUCAAUGCGCCUGGGACGGAGGUAUAUGAAUGUGGGCAAGAGUUUGAAAAGGCAGUGAAGGCUCAUAUGCAGAAAUCUCCACCUGGCGACAUCAAGGGCAGGAUAUCUGAGUUGAAACGAAAGAUCAUGUCCUACACUCGGGAGAUUAGGAUGCUUGAAUCGAAGCUAGCUGAGCAGACUGGAGAGACGUCUGCAAGCAGAGCUUACUCGUUGAGUGAGAGGGUUAGUAUUGGAAAUGCUAUAUUGAACAUGAGUAAGGACCAAACCGAAAGCGUUGCAAAGAUAGUUCUGAAGAAUGGAGCCGGGGAGUUUGUGGAGAACGAUGAGAUCGAAGUGGACAUGAGAACGAUUCCGGACCAUGUUGUAGAGGAAAUAGAUAUGUACAUCAAGAGUAUUAAUGUUGGAGAGGAUGUGCGAGAUGAGUAG